CUCAUAUUGGAAUGAUGUCAGAUUCGUGUUAUAUCAGUAUCAUAUUAUAUUGUUGGAAUUGGCCUGUAAGUUUUAUGAAUAUAGAUCGUGUCAUUCACGACGACGCAUGCCUUAACUCGUAAUGUGAUGUCAUUAAAGGUUAGAUUAGACAAAUCUGCGCGUCAUCAUCGAGGGCACGAACUAUAAGGGAAGUGAUGAGCGGAGAAAAUCACGGGCAACGGCUAUUCUUUAUUCAAAUACACAUCGAAACUAUUAACUCACCAUCGAUGGACCCUAGGGACUUGGCAAUAAGGUUUAAGAUUGACAGUUAAGAAUAGUACCUUAAAUGCUCGCCAGUGCAUACAGGGCAGGGUGACACAGGUCGCUAAUUGUUUUGUCCAAGGCUGGGAUUGAUGGUCAAACGAAUCAGAUUUAAACGAUACUGGAUUUCGUCAUACCUUAGACGAAGUGGGUUUUUUUAUAGAGCUGACGUGUUUAGUGAAGUUUAUUCCAUAUAAAAUAAAAGAAAUAUAAAUAAGACAAAUAUUGAUUUGAUUGUUUUUGGACGAUAAACUAGGACUGGCAAUUGUGAGUGAGAAGAUGGCAACCGCACUCAACCUUAAAAACUUCGCUUCAUGGGAUCUAUCAAAAAGCAAAUAUGAGGAAAUUGACGAGCUACCCCUCAUGCAGGGCCCUGGACCUGUUCUCAUGAUCUUGGCUAUAUACCUGCUCUUCGUAUUGAAGCUAGGACCGGCCUUCAUGAGGAAGAGGCCAGCGUUCAAGCUCACUCGCACGCUAUUUGCAUACAAUAUGAUCCAGGUGGCCAUUUCGGCGUAUUUAGUACAAAAGUAUUUUCGAGCAAUAUUGGAACUCGGUCUGGUACCUAGGAAAUGUCACAUGGCUAACGAAAGGCUAAGAAAGGAGAUCGUCUUCGGAAUCUGGUUAUACUUCGCAGCCAAAAUCACAGAACUUCUUGACACCGUCUUCUUCGUACUCAGAAAGAAAGACAACCAAGUGACAUUCCUCCAUUUGUACCACCACUCAAUCAUGAUGGUCGGAACUUGGGCGUUCUUCAAAUACUCGCCGUCAGAAACGGUGUUGUUCAUCGGGUUCCUGAACUCGUUGGUACAUGUGUUCAUGUACACGUAUUAUGGCUUGGCUGCGCUGGGACCUAAAGUGGCGAAGUAUUUGACUUGGAAGAAAUAUAUGACUACGUUUCAGCUGGUACAAUUUAUCUCCAUCGUCGCUCAGUACCUAAUCACAGUAAGACUAUCAGAAUGCCCUCCUUCUAAAGGCGUUGCUAUUUUCAUUGUCUGCAACACGUUAUUCUUUCUAGUCCUUUUCGCUAAUUUUUACAAGCAAAGCUAUGUUAAGAAGAACGCAAAAACUAGAUUAAAUGUUAGUAAUCCUUUAAGUAUUUGUAUGAUUCAGGAGAAAGAUGUUAAAGUGCAAUAAUCUAAUUGUUAUACAAGGUGGCCAAAAAUAUGUGCAUUCCCGUUGCCAGGGAGGUUUUGGGACCAACCCCGAAAUCACGAAUUUUUUUUUUUACCCUCCCAUAGAAAAUGGACCAGCUAAAAUGUAUGAAACAGCCAGAAAAAAUUGUAAAUUUAUCGCGAUUCCGGGGUUGGUCCCAUUGUAAAAGUUGCUCUGAAUAAGCCCAAAACCUCCCUGGCAACGGGAACGCACAUAUUUUUUGGCCAGCUUGUAUAGCUUUUGAAAUUACCAGUAUAUUUUAAGGUUUAGGGUCAGUUGCACUGAGCACUGUGUCAACGACGUCGUAAGUGGAUCAAAAUUAUUUUCGUUGUAUUGUUUUUUUGUCUCCCAGCAGUUAUUACAUCCAAUACAUUUACAUAAAAAAAAGAAACCUACAGUGAUGCAUAACUAAUUAUAGGUAAACACAGCAUGCAAAAGAAAAACAAUUUCUUACUUAACAUAAAGUAAAAGUUACAGGUUAAAUAACAAAAAUAAAUUAAACUUGUGAAUACUAUAGAAUUAUAAUUAUAAACAUUAUAACCAACAGCUAGAAAGACGUACAAUAAGCACUCAACUUUUUUUAUUGAUAAAGUAGACGACCGGUCUGUCCUAGUGACGGUCCUGGGUUCGAAUCCCGGUAAGGGCAUUUAUUCAUGUGAUGAGCACGGAUAUUUGUUCCUGAGUCAUGGGUGGUUUCUUUGUAUGUAUUUAAAUAUUUAUAUAUUAUAUAUAUCGUUGUCUGAGUACCCUCAACACAAACCUUCUUGAGCUUACUGUGGGGCUUAGUCAAUUUGUGUAAGAAUGUCCUAUAUAAAAAAGACAAAAGUAGAAGCGUGACAGAGUGGUCAGAAAUAAAACAACAAAAUUAAUUUUGAACCAAGUAUGUAGUUAAAAUUAAAUUUGAUAUUUUUGGUGCAACCCUCCCUUACCAAUAUAAUAUUAAAGAAAACGACGUUACCACAAGAGCCCGAUAUAUAACUUGUAACGGAUUUGAUCCUAUUUUGAUAUGACCUUGACGAUCGCUCAUGUUGACUGGUACAUGCGAAAUAAAGAUAAUUCGCAUAAUGUAUAGAAAGUAAGUUACGCACUCGCUAGCGAAUUUGUUAGUACCAAACUGCUGGUACGAUCACGUCUGAAAAAUUCGAUACGUAAAAAGUGCCAAAAAUAUGUGUACACGACUUUAUUGCCCAUAUAUUAAGGUAGUGUAUACAUAUUUUUGGCACAUUUUUCGUACCGAUAUUUUCAGAUGUGACUGUAGCUGUACUGGUGGCUUUUUAUUUUUAUAAUUAAGAGGAAUUCCUAGUUGCGAUUUUUCCAUACAAACGCUCUCGACUGUUUCCUCCCUGGAUUUUUAACCUAGAGCAAUCCUUUUUUUCAAAUACGAUCAAUAUCAUCAAUAUCUGUGCCGCUAUGUUUUGCUUUUUUGGAUUAUUUUAUUUUGAAGAAACUUACAGCGCCUCGAAAAUCGCCAAAACGGCUCAAUUGAAUUAGCUGCAAAGAAAGGCGUAUACAAAUAUGGCAACAAAUAUCCAAAAAAUCAAAACAUAGCGGCAUAGAUUAUUUCUUCCUCUUGCAGUUUCCAAAAUUUCAUAAUGAUUGGUUGCGUUUUGGAGGAGGAAACAGUCGAGAGCAAAACCUCAAUUUUUUUUUUGCAUAGGAAUUUUGGUCCGAACUGCAGUUGUCCUUAUCGCACGCACGCUAACAUAGCUUCAAAAAUUCGAGAUUUGAAAAGUUGCUCAGCUAGGAAUUGCUCUUAAUAUAAGUGUUACACUAAGAGUAGUACUAGUGUAGUGUGUGUGUGUGUUGUAAGUGUUAUUUUAAGUCUAAUUAGUAUUUUUUUUUUAUUAUUAUAGUUAUGCUCAAUUAUUAUAAGUAUAAAAGGUUCAGUAGAAAAUGUAUCAUCGACAUUAAAGUAAAUGUGUACUAAUUUUAAUAAUAAUUAAUAACUUUAAAAUGGUAUAAAAUCUGUGACUAUACUUUAUUUAAGUUAAAAUAAAAUGAAAACUGGAUGUCAUGAAAUGAUCUGGUUUCAGAAAAUAAAAAGUAUAUUAAAAAUUUGUUAUUUUUCUAUUUUUUAACGGAAAUCAUUCGCGUUGCAUCUGUCCCCGUAAUCCCUUCUAGCCCCAUUUUACGGUAUUAUAGAACACACAAAAACACAAAUUGAAUAAGCCACGUAAAGAAAGAAGUUACUCGUAAUUAAAAAAUAAAUAAAUACUUAAAUACAUAGCAAAUACGGUGAAACCUGGUUAAGUAGGACCUGGAUAAGUGGGAAACCUCUACAGCUGGGACUUAUGGUACGGCCCCCACAUUUUAGCACUAAAUUACCUCUGUUAGUGAGAUAAAACAAACCUCUAUAACUGGAAUUAGUUGUUUCGAUUAUAGUCACAUUUACCUCUAUAAUUGAGACUGAGAGUGUAUUUUACCUCUAUUACUGAGAUUAUAUUUGCUUAGUUGUUUUUAGGGUUCCGUAUCAAAAAGGUACAAAAUGUACCCUUAUGGUGCGACUCUGUACAUCCGUCCAUCCGUUUACCACAACUAAAUAUCUUGAGAACUACUUAAGCUAUCGAUUUUAAAUUUGGAAUAGUCAUGAACAACGCUAACCCAGACACAUUAAAAGUAUUACUUUUUA